AUUGUUGUGGUUCUGGUGGUCCUGCACGAAAUGGUACAUUUGUAGAUGGUAACGGUUGUUGUUCUCCUGAUAAAACCGUUCCUCUAAUAGAAAAAGCAGAAGUUUGUUGUAGAGAAUGCUAUAAAGAUACUAAUUGUGUUGCGUAUUUCUUUAAUGGUGGCAUUAAAACCUGCUUCCUUUAUUUUGGUCAAGGUUUAUGUAGUUCAUUUGAACAAACCCAACCGUCAGAAAUUUCAGAAUCUGGAACUGUAG